AUUUUGGGUUAAGAACAAAAAAAGUAUAUUCUUGAGAAGGCUUAAAGUAUUUUACAUGUAGACUACAUUUUUAUUUCAGUCAUGACAUGAUGAAGAAGGAAAACAUUUUUAACCAACAAGUGUCCACCCCUAUGAGGCCGUUCUAUUUUUAGUAUCAGCUGUUGCAAUAUAAAGAUUUGCUACAUAGCGGAUUGCAUCGCGGUUAUGUGAGGCGCAUUCCGGUCACGAAGGUAAAAUGAUGGCAAUGAUUUGAGGUAACGGACAGAGAGAGGGAUGAGGAAUAUUUGUGCGUGAAGUGGUUGCUGGAGCGUUCUUUCACGGCAACGGAUAUCAUAUAAUAUUGGUAUAGCCAGCCGCCUGUCGCCAUGGCAACCAGCAGCGCGGUGCCUAGCGACAACCUCCUCACGUACAAGCUGGUGGUGGUGGGGGAUGGUGGAGUGGGGAAGAGCGCGCUCACCAUCCAGUUCUUUCAGAAGAUCUUUGUGUCUGACUAUGACCCCACCAUUGAGGACUCCUACCUGAAACACACAGAGAUAGAUGGACAGUGGGCCAUCCUGGACGUGCUGGAUACAGCAGGCCAAGAGGAGUUCAGUGCUAUGAGGGAGCAGUACAUGAGGACUGGGGAUGGCUUCCUCAUAGUGUUCUCUGUGACAGACAAGGCCAGCUUUGAACAUGUGGACCGCUUCCACCAGCUCAUCCUCAGGGUCAAAGACAGGGAGGCCUUCCCCAUGGUGCUGGUGGCCAAUAAGGUGGACUUGGUUCACCUCCGCAAAAUCACCAGCGACCAGGGGCAGGAAAUGGCUGCCAAACACAAUAUCACGUACAUUGAGACAAGUGCCAAGGAUCCCCCUAUGAAUGUGGACAAGGCGUUUCAUGAACUAGUCAGGGUUAUAAGGCAGCAGAUCCCAGAGAGGAGCCUGAAGAAGAAGAAGAAGAAGUGGCGAGGAGAACGAUCUACGGGUUCUCACAAAGUCCACUGUGUCAUCUUGUGAUGGUGUCGCCUCUGCUAGCAAUGAUAUUAGAGAGAACUGCGGACUGGCAGUAACCAACAACUGGAGGGGGAAUUGGGGGAGAUAAGGAACUGACUGUUGACUGUUACGGUGUCAAAGAAAAUCCCUCACUCCAAGGCAUGGCCAAGUGGGGUCUUACAGGGGCAUCAUUGUCUGCCCGCUUCCCCUAAUUGGUCAGAAAAAAGCACUCCCGGAAGAGCUCCUUAUGAACUGACUGAUUUCCAGACAGUGCAGUGAUGAUGCUCUCCAUGGAAGUGGAGGUGGACAUCAAGGUAUUCUCCUGGGUGGGGAGAUGUGACGUUAGAUGUUGUUAGGGACCUAUGAACUGAUUGUGUUGUGUUGUGGUUGUAAGUUCUCCAUGGUGUUGAAUGUUAAAUUCUGAAAUGAUAAAGAGGACGAUUAUGAAGUAUAUUCUAUCUGCACUAGCCACAGGCAUAAGAGGAUUUGGCUUUGGGGUCCUGAAGAGAAGUGGGAGGAUGUGGCUGUUAGUACUUUUUAUUUACAUUUUUCUGGUGGGGAAUCUGGCUUUAGGGGAUCAGUUACUCCAAGCAACAAUAUGUUAGAUUUCUCUGUCUGAUAGGGAGUAUUUAAUACCUAUGAAAUGGCUUGUACUGUUAAAGCACUAAACAAAAAAAACUUUGGGGCUUGUUCAUCUGGGGUGUAUUCAUAACGCCAAUUCUGUUGCAAACUCCAAACGGAAAACCUUUGCACGAAAACUAGACUUUCUAUUGGACAAAUUCAGGUAGGUCCCUCCCUGUUUUGUUCAGUUUACUUGUUUUGGUUCUUAAAUGGUAAAUUAUUUCAAUUGAAAAAUGUAAUGAAUACACCCCUGGUUAGAAAUUUGCCCUUGAAUGAAGUACCUUUGCACUUUGAAUAGAUUUUGACUUUCAUAUCUGCAUGUGUGGAAAAAUUGCAAAUGAUGAAAGGGAAGACGUAAUAGAAAUGGACUCAAUGUGGAAAAACUGAGCUUAACAUAAUUAUGUCAAUACCAUGUAGCUCAUUUGCUUGUCUCAUGUCGGUUGGACAGAACAGUUUAUACCAGUGGAGGCUGCUGAGGGGAGGACGGCUCAUAAUAAUGGCUGGAACGAUGCAUAUGGAAUGGCAUCAAACACACUGAAACCAUGUAUUUAAUACUAUGCCGUUCCAGCCAUUACAACAUGCCUGUUCUCCCCAAUUAAGGUGCCACCAACCUCCUGUGUUUUAUGCUCUCAGCCCUGGGUUGUGUUCAGUAGGGCACACUGUAGAAAAACAGUUUGCAAUGGAAAACUAAAAUUGACAUUUCUUAUUGAAGUCUAAGUAAUCAAUCCACGUUUCAGUACAUUUUCAUCUGGUACCUACUGAACAUAAUCCUGGAGUGAUCCUGCUGUACUUCACCCAGAGGUACAGUGAAAGUUCCACUUCCCAGGGUAUGAAGCAACAGACAUGGUGUCUUUGGCAGUAUUUUACAAAAAAAGAGGUCUGAAGAAAUCAAUGAUAUUGUAUCAAGUAUGUUUGAUACUUUUUUAUUAUUGAUCUGAAUUUCUUGUGUUUUUAAAAAAUAAUUAAUAAUUUAUUACUGUACCUGUUACCUCAACAUGAUGUAUUAUAACUGGCUGUGUCUGACUGAGCUAGAGGAAGAUGAGGCACAAAACAAUGGCCACUGCCUUUCUAUCUGGCUUCCUUCAGGGUUUCAAUAAUGAAUAAAGAAAAACAGUAUUGUGAAUUCAA